AACUCACAAAUUUAUUAACGAAGCUCUUUUCUUUUUCAGUUUAUUUAUAAUUACUAAAAUAAAUCCUAGCAAAAUAAUAAUAAUAAUAAAGGUGUAACCUGUAACGGGAUCUUAAUCGGCAAAAAUCGUGGAUUUUUUUCCUCUCUGAUGUUUUGCUUACCUUAAACCCUAGGUAAUUUUCCAUCAAUUCGAAGUUUUGUAUACAACGGAAUCGAACUCCAAGUAAUCGAUCCUGAGCUUGUUUGCUUCUCUAUGUAAUGGUGGUCUGCAAAUGCCGCAAGGCGACAAAGUUAUAUUGUUUUGUGCACAAGAUUCCUGUUUGUGGAGAAUGCAUCUGCUUUCCUGAGCACCAAAUUUGCGUGAUACGUACUUACUCAGAAUGGGUAAUAGAUGGAGAGUAUGACUGGCCUCCCAACUGUUGCAAAUGCCAAGCUGUGCUUGAAGAGGAGGCUGGCUCUGAAACAACUCGGUUGGGUUGCUUACAUGUCAUACACACAAAUUGCUUGGUUUCACAUAUCAAAAGCUUUCCUCUACACACUGCACCUGCUGGAUAUGUGUGUCCUUCAUGUUCUACACCUAUAUGGCCUCCCAAGAGUGUCAAAGAUUCAGCAUCCCGUCUUCAUUCACUGCUGAAGGAGGCUAUUAUGCAGACUGGAAUGGAGAUGAAUUUAAUCGGAAAUCAUCCUGUUUCUUUGCCUACAGUAGAAUCCCGUGGUCCUCCAACUGCAUUUUCUUCAGAUCCACUAAUAAAUGCAACCUCUACUGGAGGAAGAGACAAUGAUGGGAAUUCAUCAUCCUCCGUGGCAAAAGAUAAAGGAUACACAGCUGUUGUUGGACCUUCUAAACUUACAGUGAAAGAAAUAAUGGAGAUAGAUGGUCCCAGUUCUGCUGGGAAUUACAUGAAAACUUCAAGUCCUGUUGCUCCUGUGGCUACAACACGGAAGAGUACAGUUCAUGUUGAUCAGCAAAACUCUGAAAUCUCAUAUUAUGCAGAUGAUGAAGAUGGAAAUCGUAAAAAGUAUUCUCGGAGGGGUCCAAUUCGUCAUAAGUUUCUCAGAGCAUUGAUUCCCUUCUGGUCAAGUGCAUUACCAACUCUACCGGUGACUGCACCACCACGUAAAGAUGCAUCAAAUGCAGAUGAUGUCGCAGAAGGUCGAUUGAAGCAACAAAGAUCAAAACGAAUGGACCCAAGAAAAAUCCUUCUUGUCAUAGCAAUCAUGGCCUGCAUGGCUACUAUGGGUAUUCUGUACUACAGAAUUGCACAAAGGGCUCUUGGGGAGGGACAGGCUGAUGAUGAGCGCCCUUCCUUUGCCUUGGCUUGUGGCGAGCAUCGGUGGAUGGUGGAAAACACUAGUAGAUGCAGAGAAAUUCAAGACCCAUUCCGUCUUUUUAAAAUUUUUUUAUUGGUGUGGACACCAAACAAAUCAUCAAUUCAGUGCAGUUAAACUGAAAGUUACAAAUUAACCCACUUUAAACAUAACAUUUUAAAGUUUUCGAAUGUAUAUUUUUGGUAAGUUAUACAAUUUAUUAAAUAUGUACUUUCUGUAAAUUAUAUAAUUUACAGGACGAUUGUGUAACUUAUUAGGUAUCUAUAUUCUUAAAGUUGUAAAAUUUACUAAAUUUACAAUUAAAAAAAUUAUAUUUUAAGGUUUGAGAAAAAAUUA